GACGAUUUAUUACUUGAACAAAAAUAAAAUAAAAAAAAUUCUGACGAUCAGUGAAUUUAUGGUCCACUGAAACUCAAAAAACGCUGCCCAAAAUAUUUAUAUGGUUUUCUUUUUCUCUUCCCUCCUCACGCCCUCUUCUUUCUCUCUCAUCAAUCUCUUCUUUUGUGCCGGCGCCAAACUUUACCCUAGCUCUUUCUCUCUCCAUUUCUCCGAACAAAGACUUUAUUCAUCAGAUCUGGAAGUUUUGAAUUAAUUUGUUGCAGCUGAUUUAACUUUGCUAGGUUUAUAGCGAGUCAACUAAUUCAAGGAUAAUAUGCGUCUAUGACAUUAUUGCAAACUAUACACUUGUGGGUUGGCCUUUUUUAUGAUCUUCUCGUCAAAUUGCCAGUAAUUUAGUUUCUUUGCUGAUCCUUUAUAGAAGCAAUGGACCGGUGUGAUACCUCAGGGUUCGUUAGCGGGGGUGGGAUGUGCUCUCCUAGAUACUGUUAACCCUAGUUUAGGUUUGUAGUUAUUAGGUAAACCUGGAAGUCAGGAAGGACUGAUAUCUGUGGCUGAGAUUUCUGUUGGGCGUGAGUGUUGUAAUUUUGAUUGGUUUAUGGGAACUAGGAACCCAGGAGCAGGCUUUUGUCCUGGUAAUUUAUCAAAUGUGUUUAAGAAUAUGGGUGAUUCACUGCAAGUAGGAGGUUCGGGAUCUGAUCAUCGUGCAGAUACGAUGUUACAGCUUCAAUCCAUUGGCUCCGAUGCCCCUCAAUUAUUGUCAUCAAAGGGAACGAAACGGAAGUGGGGUUGUAGGGGUGGAAACAUGGGAUUGUAUGUCGACUCCUCACUUUGUCUAGGACUGCACCGUUCAUCAAGUUCAUCAGACAGCAAAGGUAGUUCGGCAACUGCGUGCACGACAAUUUCUUCUGCCAAAGAAACCGAAGCAGAGUCCUCAAUGGAUCUUGAUUUGGACUUUACUCUACACCUUGGCAGUGACAAAUCUCCUAGUCCCAAGAAACCUGCAGUCUCAAAAUUCAAGAGAUUGGGUUCGCAGCUGAAUCUUGACUUAGAACUGAGUCUCUCAACUAGCCCUCUUGAAUCAGACAUCACUAGCAUCUUUGAAGGCAUAGAUGCUCCUCAGAGUGGUAUAGCACCAUUGGCUGUUCGAGCCACACAAUUUGUCGAUAAUGAAUCUGCUUCAUCUCACUGGAAUGCUGAAAAUUCCUCAUCACCCGUGUCCCUCUCUCCUGGUGCAGUAGGAAAUAUUAUUUUGAAGCCCAUUCCAAGAAAAGUCGAUCUGAAUUGUAUCACCCCUGAUGUCUCAGCAAGCACAUUAAGUGUGCCUAAAAGCUCAGUCACCUGUUCUUCCGGGAUUGUGCAGCGGCCGCAUCAGCCGCAACGUGGAAGUAGUUUAAAACUUUGUCAGUUUAAUGGAUGUGAAAAGGGAGCAAGAGGUGCUUCUGGUCUCUGUAUUGCUCAUGGUGGUGGGAGAAGGUGCCAAAGGCCUGGCUGCAACAAGGGAGCUGAAGGGAGGACAGCCCUUUGCAAAGCACAUGGAGGUGGAAGAAGAUGUGAGUUUCUUGGUUGCACAAAGAGUGCUGAAGGACGCACAGAUUUCUGCAUUGCACAUGGUGGUGGGCGUCGAUGUGGUCAUGACAAUUGCUCCCGUGCUGCUCGAGGAAAGUCUGGGUUGUGUAUAAGGCAUGGUGGCGGUAAGAGAUGUCAAAGAGAGAACUGCACCAGGAGUGCAGAAGGUUUGUCAGGUUUGUGCAUAUCACAUGGUGGAGGUCGACGAUGCCAACAUCCAGAGUGCAAUAAGGGAGCUCAAGGAAGCACAAUGUUCUGCAAAGCACAUGGUGGGGGGAAACGAUGCACUGUUGAAGGGUGUACCAGAGGUGCUGAGGGAAGCACACCUUUCUGCAAGGGCCAUGGUGGAGGGAAGAGGUGCUCUUUUCCUGGAUGCCCAAAGAGUGUCCAUGGUGGAACCUCUUUCUGUGUGGCCCAUGGAGGUGGCAAGAGGUGCGCUGUCACGGGUUGCACCAAAAGUGCAAGAGGAAGAACAGAUUUCUGUGUUCGUCAUGGCGGAGGAAAAAGGUGUAAAUUUGACGGCUGUGGCAAAAGUGCACAAGGUAGCACUGAUUUCUGCAAAGCACAUGGAGGUGGGAAAAGAUGUGCAUGGGGACAAUCAGAGUCACCGUAUGGCAACCAAGCUGAUGGCCCUUGUGGCUCAUUUGCUAGGGGAAAAACUGGUCUCUGUGCAAUGCACGGGGCAUUGGUUCAAGACAAACGGGUGCACGGGGGUUUCACAUUGGGUCCUUUAUUGCAGGACCCAGAUUUUACCAACCCGGGGAAAAGGAUGAAUGCUUCUACAGGAGUAAUGAGUGUUGAUGCCAUGGGAAUGGAACUAACAGGUAUUAAUGCAGUGGGAUGGCCCGUGUCUGAUAUGAUGCAUACUCAAGUUCAAAGAGAGUGUCCAUCUCCUCCAUCUCCAGAAGGAAGAGUUCAUGGUGGAAGUUUGAUGUCAUUGCUCGCUAGCAGUUGAAGCACAACAGUAAAGCACUGUCAGUAACAGUCUCAUAGGUGUCCUGCCCGAGCCAAUAGCACUUCAAGUGCAACGAAGCUGGUUGUAGGUGACUUCUUUCAUCGUUGUUCGUUUUGGUCGUGUUUCCUAUCGUUUGCUUCUAUUUCUCUCCAUUUCAAAGUUCAGUCUACAUAUCAAGGUUCUAGUUUUGCUGCAUUUAUAAUUAUGAUGAUGAUGAUGAUGAUAAAUAGCUCUCCUGCGCAGUAUUGAUUGCAAUAGCUCGGUUGAUUCAAAAAUUUUGGAGUUGCAAUUUUAGAAUCAGGAGAAUGUUAAGAUGAGUAUUUCAAAUUUUCAGUUCACCCUGUUUUCUCUUGUAAAUAGGAUUGUUAAUCUGGUCAGCAAGGUUCAGAAUAAAAUUGCUCUAGAUUUAUGUACGCCUUUUUCUGUCUGUCGAUGAACAUGGUUACAUUGUACAUUUUCAAUAUUAUUCUUGAACUUGGUCAGUUCUUUUUCUUGUUGACCGUUAAA